GGGAGCAGAGCCACGUCAUUCGCCUGCUGGGCUGCAGGCUGGGCUGCUGCCUGAACCGGACCGAACCGGUUCGUGCUUUUGGAGGCCGGUUCACCCGUUUCCAGACCAGUUUUGGACGAGGUCAGACCGGUUCUUACCAUUUUCGGCCAUUCCGGAUCCAACGGUGAGCUCCGUUUGUCUAAAUUCGGCUUCGAAAAUAAGGUACGAGAUAUAUAGAGCGUUUUAUUAUGGAUAAAUCAUCGUCGGACACCAUGAUUGCGCUCACAUCCACAAACUACAAUAUGUGGAAGCCUCGGAUGGAGGAUUUGCUAAAUUUGAGGGAUUUAGCGGAUCCUCUUGAUAAUAAUGGUGUGAAACCGGAUAAAAAGACGGAUGAAGAAUGGACAAAAAUGAAUCGAAAAACUGUCGCACAAAUUCGACAAUGGAUAGAUCAUAGUGUGUUCCACCAUGUUGCUCAAGAACAAAGUGCUUACACACUAUGGGAGAAGCUUGGUAGCAUGUAUCAAGCAAAAACCGCCCGAAAUAAGACGUUACUAAUGAGGAGAUUAGUAAACCACAAAUUACGUGGGGGUAUUUCGGUGUCAGAACACACCAGUCAAUUCCAGGAUCUUGUGAAUCAGUUGAGCACCACCGGAUGGGUUCUCAAAGAUGAAGAGCAGGCGAUACUACUCUUGAGCUCUCUACCUGACAGCUGGGAGACUCUUGUUGUCACUCUUAGUAAUUCUGCUCCAAAUGGGAAGGUGACUAUGCAGAUGGUCACAGAUGCCCUGAUGAAUGAAGAAGCCCGAAGGAAGGAAGCCGGGACGGAACAAUCAUAUGUCCUCAUAUCAGAAACUAACAGACGAGGGGGAGGCAGAAAUGGAGGAAGAAGUCGAGGUCGAGGUAGAGGUCAAGGUCAAAGUAGAGGAAAUUCUCAAGUUCGCGGAAGAUCACAAGAGAGAGAUUCUUCGAUCAACAACUUCCGACAUUCCAUCAAAGCUUGAUUUCAUCGUCAAUUUCAUUGAUCAACAGUUUACGCCCUUACUCAAACUGCUUCUUUCCCAACUGCACAAUAUAUGAUUCGUGUACCUUUCAG